GCUUUUUAUUCCAGAUAAAACUAGUUUCACCUCGUCCUAAAGUAGAAAUGCGACACUAGAGAGCUGCAAAAUGGCUAAUGACAGGUUACGGGCUCUGGAGGAUGUGGAAAAGGAGAUUGCUGUCGUUCUUCAGUGUGCAGGAAACAUAGUGAUGGAGUUGUCCAGGGAGAAGCAUAAUGCAAGCUUAUUAGAGCGGCAGCUCAACCAGUUUCAAACCUCCAUUAACAGGAUUGAGAGUGAGCUCAGCUCUCAGAUCCGCUAUCUCACACAGGUGGCGACUGGUCAGCCUCACGAAGGCUCGACGUACUCGGCAAGAAAGGACUGCCAGAUGGCCCUGAACCGUGCAGAAUACGCCCGUGUCAAACUGGGAGAACUAAGACGCACCUGUGAGAUGAUGCUCGACCCCCAGACAUGAUGAAUCUCAUGUAUUCAUCACAGUUUUAUUGGAAAUGUAGUAGCAUAACAUCUAGAUUUAGCCAGAGUCUCAAGAAAAUAUUGCUGAAGAAUUUUGAACCUUGGCUUUGUGAGAAAUCUCACUUUUGUGAAGCACGUAUCUGUCUACA